AUGGACAGUGUUACCCAACAGUGUGCCUGCUCUAGCAACACGAGCGACAUCAAGAGGAACCGAGAACUGGGCCAGCAGUACACAGCCAUGGCCCCUGAGCUGCUGGCCCACCUCUCCAAACUGCUUGUCGUUUCCCGGAAGGCAGUACCACUGCUGCCGAUGCUGCCCACAUCCGCUAGGCCAGCCAAGUUCUCCACCCACUCCCCCACCCAUGGCCAUCUGGUGCCCUUUGCCCAUGAGGCCUUGCACAAGCCCCAGCAGCAGUCCAUCCACCUGCUGCCAGAGAUUAUGAACCUGAAGUUGCCUUCGAUGAUUUCUUUAGUAGGCGCCAACCCUCUGGACAUCACGAGGUGCCUUGUGGAUGAGAUCAACGCCAAGGAGAUGGCUCUCAGCUGUCUGAUUGGCGCAGUCAGGAGAAGUGGCUAUGGUGUUGGACAGAUGGAGAAAGAGUUCCCCGUGGACAUCUUAGCCAUGGACGUGAACUCGCUUUACCACCUUACCUACAACUCCUCUACUCACUGUCUGACCUUUUCCCUCUUGACUGGAAGGGAAGUCAAGAAGAAAAAAGGGAAAUCAAAAACUUUAGAAGAGGUAACCACACCGUCCCUCCAACAAGGAGCUGGAACCUCGACCUCUGACAGCACUGAGUUCAGCGACCCCUGCCCCGAAGUCUGGAGGAAGCUGCAGGAAUUGCGUGGCUAUGCAGAAGCCUAAAGGGCCUCAUGGAAAGAGAGGAAUAUCUCCUUCUGCAACUACAGGGCAAAAUUACCCUCUCACCCAAUGACGGCUCCGAAAGGAGACGUUCAAACCCUGAGCUCCCAUCACUCUCACCCUCUUGGAGCUCAGGCUUCUGCUCCCACCCCUCACCAGUCUCCCUCCCACCAGCUGCACUUCAGCCAGCAUUCACAGGAGUGGAGGUUACCCAAGAAGGCCAGGAAGUUGCAUUACACCUUCUAUGAUAAGUCCUCCUUCAUUUACUAUCCCUCCGGAAAGAUCACCAUGUGUCAGAUCCCUACAUGCUGCAAAGGGAGAACCAUCACCUACCUCUUUGAUGACACACCCAACUUCUCCUUCCUGGCUCUGUUCAAUGCUGAAAGCCAGGGCUAGGUUAACUACAACGUGAAGGACUGCUGCCCAUUUGUCUUGGUCUUGGAUGCAGAAGGUGGGACCACCUACGACUACAAGGGCUGUGUAGUCCACAAGUGGAGCUAGACCUCCAAGACAGAGACUUUGCUCUCCCUGGAAUAUAAGGUGAAUGAGCAAAUGAAGCUAACGGUGCUGGGGCAGGAUUCCAUCAUGGUUACCUUCACCUCCACGAAGGAAAGAGUUAUACUAAGUGUGUCCGCCAACAACUGUCCCCACAGGAUACCACAUUAUAAAAAGACACCCAUCACCCUGGACGGAGCCACACAUCAGAGCGACACGCAGAAUGGCUGUCCCAGCUUUUAUGGUCCUGCGGCCAGGCUCCUCGCUGUAUAUUUCUAUCAAGGCAGCACUGUGGAAGGGAGCACAGAAUCAACAGAGGAAGGGUCUAGGCUGAGCCAGGCCGUGGUGGAGAUCAAGUGGCGGUUUCAGAAGACAGUGUCUCUGUUCAUAAAUUCUCUCUUUCUGGCAGCGGGGAAGGAGGGAGAGGUGCACAGCCCCACCAGGUGGGAGGCCUCGCCCUCCAACUGCCCACUGCUGCUGUGGAAGCUCAUUUGAAAGGAAGACAUCAGCCAUGGCUGCAGGUGCUUAGUGAAGGCGCCCCUGGUGUCCAACGUGGAGCUGGAAGGCUUCCUCUUGGUGCCCCGUCACCCCACCCAGGUGCUGCUGUUCGGGACAGUGUUGGGCCAGAGCCCCACCAGCAUGGCGGUGGAGCUGGACUAGCUGCUAAACACACUCCACAAUCACCAGCAGCAGCGUCGUGGCUCACCCUGCAUCCAGUGCUGGCAUGACCCCUACCGCCUGCUGUGGUACAACCUGGACAGCCCCCUGCAGGAGGACCUGCCUCUGCUGGUGAAGAACAAUGUUGUGGUGCAGGGCAUGGUUCUGAUGUUCGCUGCAGGGAAGCUCCUUGUUCCUGGGGGCUUCCUUUGGCCCCGCUUAAGCAGGGAGAAUCUGCUGAGCUGGAUCGACCAGGCUCGACACAACUAUGAGGGGGGCUGCUACCUGUGGGCGGACUACAAAUUUAGCUGCUACAUGCUCAGCUUCACACUCGGCACUGGAGAUCUGGAGGCAAACAAGACCUCGACCUGCCUCACCUUUGCUGAUCCAAGGACCUGGAAAGUGGGCGGGUGGCUGCGGCUGCGGGAUCACUACACCCUUUUCGCAGGAUGGCGAUGUGGGCUGGAGGAGCUCCUGCACCCAGAGUCCCCAGGAAACGCACGCAGGACACAGCCAGCUCAGCUGCCCCUUCCAAGACGCCAAGAAGGGUUUCUCAUCCUGUCAGUGGCACUCAUCCGCUCCCCACACAUCUGCCAGCCCCUGUUCUGCCGGGUCCUAAGGCAGGAGCUGGGAAGCCCUCAUGCACACUCCGACACCAUGUCCAUCAUGAGGGCUGCCCGUGAGGCGAGGGAGGUGGGCAGCCUGGCGGUCAAGAGCGCAACCUCCCGACUGCCACUCAGCAGCCGGUGA